ACAGCUGUCUCGCCCUGGCCCCCCCUGUGGUAAUCUCCGCCCGAGCACACGGGCCCGGCCUUGGAUAACCGGAGGGGAGGGACAGGGGCGGAGCAGGCUGGGCAGCCGCAAGAAGAGGAAGCUCCGCUGCUGCUGGGGUGCCCCGGAACGUUCCGCAGGCUGCGGCAGAUUCGGCACCGUCUGGAUCCCGGGGAAGCAGCAGGAAUGGAGUCAGCUGCCGGGCUCCUUCCCCCUGUGCUUCUCUAGGGUGUAUGCGCCGGUCCCCAGCCCUGCAUCGCCGGGCGCUUCUCCCUCCCCGUGCGUGUGCAGCAUCCCGCCGCCCGGAGCCGCCUUUGCAGCCAUGAGGCUGCUGGAGACCGAUCUGCAGGUCCUGACCCGGGAGCUGUCCCUUUACCUGGAUAUCCAGGUGCCGGUGGGGCUCUUCGGUUCUAGUGUGGGCUUGUCCCUGGUGCUGGGCUUCAGCGCCGCCUUCGCCUGCUAUUACUUCAGUAGCAUCGCCAAGAAACCUCAGUUGGUGAUUGGCAGUGAGAGCUUCAGCCGCUUUCUCCAAGAACAUUGUCCUGUAGUGACAGAAACUUACUACCCCACAGUAUGGUGCUGGGAGGGCCGGGUGCAGACCCUCUUGCGUCCCUUCAUAACCUCAAGACUCCCAGUGCAGUACAGGAAUGAGCUUAUUAAAACACCAGAUGGAGGACAGAUUUCACUGGAUUGGUUUGAUAAUGAUGACAGCAUAUGUUUUCCGGAUGCCAGCACAAGACCCACUAUCCUAUUACUGCCUGGCCUCACAGGAACAAGCAAGGAAUCCUACAUUCUUCACAUGAUCCAACAGAGUGAAAUGCUGGGAUAUAGAUGUGUGGUUUUUAACAACCGAGGAACUGCUGGUGAGACUCUCUUGACACCAAGGACUUACUGUGCUGCUAACACAGAGGAUUUGGGAGUUGUUAUUCAUCAUAUACACAACAUGCAUGCCUCAGCUCCAUUUAUGGCAGCAGGUGUUUCUAUGGGAGGCAUGCUUCUUUUAAAUUACCUGGGCCAAAGUGGCCAAGAAACCCCUUUGAUGGCAGCAGCAAUUUUCUCAGCCGGUUGGAAUGUUUUUGAGUCUGCAGAAUCAUUGGAGAAACCACUAAACUGGUUUCUCUUUAACUACUACUUGACUACUUGUUUACAGUCCUCUAUUAGUAGACAUCGACAAAUGUUAGAGAAAUUAUUUGAUAUGAAUCUUGUCAUGAAGGCUAAAACCAUUAGGGAGUUUGAUAAGCAAUUUACCUCAGUCAUGUUUGGCUACCGUACCAUUGAUGAUUACUAUGUAGAUGCUAGUCCAUGUCACAAGCUGAAGUCAAUAGGAAUUCCAGUGUUAUGUCUAAACUCUCUGGAUGAUGUUUUUUCACCAGGUCAUGCUAUACCUAUAGAAACUGCCAAACAAAAUCCAAAUGUUGCUUUGGUUCUUACUUCUUGUGGAGGCCACAUUGGUUUUCUAGAAGGGAUGUGGCCAAGGAAGUAUACUUACAUGGACAGAGUCUUCAAGCAGUUUGUGCAGGCUGUGUUUGAGCAUGGAAACAAAAUCUGCAGCAUGUAGCUCUUCUGAGGCAUCUUGUCCA